AUGGCCACCAACGGAGCCCCGACAUUGCGUCCACAGGCAUUGGGGCCUGAGUAUGUCAUGGGCCCACCGGUCGUGACAUUGCCGACCGAAUCGCCAUUGGAGCAAUUCCAGUGCAUUGUGAGCUCGAUUGGCGAGCACGCUCAUCCACCGCACCACCAAUUGAGGUGGAAUUCGGAGAUGGUAUUGGCUCGCAUGCGAGAAGCCAUUGCCAUUUUCUACGCCCACCUGGCGUGCAUUGCCUCGUCAUUGGAGCUGCACCAAUGGAAGACGACACUCAUUGAGACGACACAGAUCAUUGACAACUACGUCACUGUGACAUUGGGAGAAGAUGGAGGAUUCAUCCACCUCGAUUGUCCGAUCAUCAUGGAGAUUGCAGAAAUGGUGCAUGACGCAUUGGCAGCGUAUUCGCGCCAAUACGUGAGAUUCAACAAUAAGAUUGGCGGAAUUGAAGUGCAACUUGGAUGGACGAUUGGAAAUAAGUAUUCCCGGACAUUGACUCCUGACGGAUUCCAAGUUCAUUGUGGAUUCGCCAAUUGCAUCUUUCUCAACCUAUUGUGGGUUUGCAACCGCUGCAUUGGGACGAUGCGCGAGACAGACAUUGUGAACAACAUUCCCAUCUUUUCGCCAAACUUGGCGUUUCUCAUUGUCGACAAGACAGUUGAGUGUUACAACGCAUUGAGAAGCAUAUUUACGCGUUCCAUUGCUGUCACCUCGUACAAUUGCCGACAUUACGCCCCUGUGGAGGGCUUGAUGGAUUGGUUCUGCUGUAUUGCUCUUCCAGCAAGUCUGAUUGAGUCACUGAAUGCUGGAUUGACCACGGUGAUACCCACGCCAUUGGGUCAACUUAAUGCCCAAUUGAGCGUGGAUGCCGCAUUGAGAAAACUCUGUCAUUGGUUUCGACAGAGCAGAUUCAAUGAGGCCCAGCAAAGAGAAUUGGUGAAGUUUCUCAUUUUCAGACCAUUGAAGCGCGUGACUGAUACUCGAUUGAAGACUCCCGAUGGUGUGGGAGGCUUUGCGUUGUAUCAUAAUUGCUCUUUUCUGUCAAGUUCAUGGUGCCUAACCAUUGACAGCCAGCAGCAGCAGAUUGGCACGCACACCUACAUUCUGGAUGGAUUGGUGCGCCAGCACACCAUUGUGUUGGAAUUGCCUACCUUGACUGUUGAGUCAUUGGCAUCGAUGAUUCACAACAGCAGCUAUGCGAAUUGGUUUCCAACGGAGACGGUGCAUCGCCAUUGCACUUUGCCAUUGACGCAUCUGGAGAUUGAAGGAACACCGGAAUUGUACCUUCUUUCGGAAAGUUGUGCAGAGAUUGCUGCGGAUGACAUUGCCAACAGCGCAAGUGCAGGCAUUGAUUCGAGCACAGAUUCAGUGCCAUCCUCAUUGACCAGAGAGGAGUACAACGUUAUGUUGUCUACUGCCGCUGCGAUUGCGAAGAAGCGCAAAGGUCAGUGA